UUGUCGUCGUCCUUCAUCGUCGUCCGAAGACACAUUGGUGUUCGCACUAUAACUUUAGUUUAAGUGAAUGGAUCUCUAUGAAAUUUUACCAUAAGGUUCAAUACCACAAAAGGAAGGUUGGGAUUGAUUUUGGGGGUUAUGGUACCAACAGUUAAGGAAUUAGGGGCCAAAAAGGGACCAAAAAUAAGCAUUUUUGUAACUUCCAGACAUAACUUGUGUGUUAGUGUAUGGAUCUCUCUGACAUUGUACCACAAGGUUCCAUAUCACAAAGGGAAUGCUGGGAUUGAUUUUGGGGGUAAUUGCCUCAAAAUUUUAGGAAUUAGGGGCCAAAAAAGGGGCAAAAAACAAGCAUUUUUCUAGUUUCAUGAUAAUAACUUGUGUGUAAGUGUAUGGAUCUUUCUGAAAUUGUACUACAAGGUUCCAUAUCACAAAUGGAAAGCUGGAAUUGAGUUUGGGGGUAAUUGCCAAAAACGUUUAGGAAAUAAGGGGCCAAAAAGGGGCCAAAAAUAAGCAUUUUUCUAGUUUCCAGACAAUAACUUGUGUUCAAGUGUAUGGAUCUCUCUGAAAUUGUACUGCAAGGUACCAUACGACAAAGGGAAGGCUGGGAUUGAUUUUGGUGGUAAUUGCCUCAAAAUUUUAGGAAUUAGGGGCCAAAAAGGGGCAAAAAACUAGCAUUUUUCUAGUUUCAGGACAAUAACUUGUGUGUAAGUGUAUGGAUCUUUAUGAAAUUGUACUACAUAUCACAAAGGGAAAGCUGGGUAUGAGUUUGGGGAGUAAUUGCCCUUAACGUUUAGGAAUUUGGGGCCAAAAAGUGGCCUAAAAAAAAGCAUUUUUCUAGAAUCCAGUCAAUAACUUGUGUUCAAGUGUAUGGAUCUCUCUGAAAUUGUACUGCAAGGUACCAUACCACAAAGGGAAGGCUGGGAUUGACUUUCAAGGGGGUUCAAAAAAUUUGGGGGAGGGAUUUUUUUUUUCUUUAAAAUUUUCCAUUUUAAAUUGGUUAUUUCUGAUUUAUAUAUAAAAGCAAUUAAUAAUGAUAUGGUUUGAAUAGGUAAAUUAAAUUUUUUUAAGUUCUUAGACAACAUUCAUUCUGUGUCAGAAACCUAUGCUGUGUCAAAUAUUUAAUCACAAUCCAAAUUCAGUGCUGUAUCAAGCUUGAAUGUUGUGUCCAUACUUGCCCCAUCUGUUCAGGGUUCGACCUCUGCGGUCGUAUCAAGGUGCGCCCAGCGGAGCAUUUUAUUUUAAUUUUUGAUCGGGUUGUUGUCACCUGGACACAUUUUCAAUUUCCAUUCUCUAUUUUAUUCUAAAGUCAUUAGCAUACAACACUGCAGUAGUAACAGUCAUUUCUUUGUCUAUUGCAGGAUGACAUCAUCAACAUCUUUGUCAUAUGAAGUACACAGCUAUACCAUCACCAUAAUGGAUAACUUGAAGAGACAAUGCACAUGUUCAAAAUGUAAUGGAAAAUUUGUUAACAUUAAGACUUUCCGAGCUCAUUCAAAGAAAAUUCAUAACACCGGGCAUGCUGAAAUAUCAGACACUUAUAGUGAACAACCUGCAAUUGUAAGAGAGUCCAAGGAAUUUUUAAAAAAGACUUUGAUUUUAAAUCAGCCACUUCAUGAAGGAACUACUAGAACUGUAAAAGAUGCCAUAGCAGAACAUUUAUUUAUAUUUUCAUCUAAUAAUGGAAUGUCAAAGACAGCUUUGUCACAGUAUCUUCACCAUGAAAAGUGUGUUAUACCGCAACCAAACAACCUGCCAUCCACUUAUAGUGAAGCUGUCACUAUUAUUCAACCAUACCUGAUGCCAAUAGAAAAAUUUAAAUGCUGUAUAAAUGACUGUAAAAUUUUUCCUAUCAGCAGUACCAUUCUUGUCUGUCCAGAAUGCAAUGAAAGUUUGGUGUUUUCAAACAACAGGAACAAAAAAACAUUUCAAUAUAUGCCUAUAGUACCCCGCAUAGUUCGUUGGUAUGGAACUAAGAACCUGGCAAAGAUUCUUUAUGCCAACAAGCUCAACACAACUGGCAAGCUAAGCAGCUACACAGAUGGCAAUAUAUUUCGUCAACAGAUGACAGAUGGAGUCUUCAAAGAUCAGCAACAGCAGAACUGUGUGCCAUUGGCUCUUUUUGCUGAUGGUGUGAAUCCAAAUAAAAAUCAAACAGUCCAGAAGUCAAUAUGGCCUCUCAUCAUCACCUGGAUAACACUACCACAAGAAAUGCGAUAUAUUUUAGGACCAAUGAUGUUGGCAGGUAUUGUUCCAGGCUAUGGUAGAAAGGAACCGAAAUCACUGGACCCUUAUAUUAAUGUUCUAGUUGACGAAUUAUUAUCAAACAUUGAAUGUAACUUGUAUGAUGCCUACACAGAUGCACCAGUAAAUGUAAAGAUUGCUUUAUUACAGUAUUUAUGUGAUAUACCAGCUUUUUCUAAACUUCUACACUGUUCUGGUCAGGCAGCUAUUCGUGCUUGUUUUUUCUGCAAAGAUACAGGUGUCCAUAGCAGUUCAGUGAAUAAAGUAUUGCACAUAUCGAACAGAGAGUUUUUACGGACAGAUUCUCUUUUUCGCAAAGACAAGACAUUAUUUGCCAAGAAAACUGAAGAGGUUGCUCCCAAACCACAAGCAUAUUCAAGGGAAGAAGAAAUGGAAAUAAGAAAAGAAUAUGACCAAAAAAAAAACAACAACCAAAAAUCUAAACUUCAAAAGGAAACUGGUUUUAAAGGGAUGCAUCCACUGCAUCGCCUACCAUAUUUUGACAGAGUGCAUCAGAUGCAACCAGAUGGCAUGCACACAUUAGCAGAUGUAAUCAGUAACAUUCUUGAUCUUAUAACAGGCAAAUCUGAUGGACCUAAAGUUCGCCAAUGUGAAAAAGACUAUAAUCGGUUUAAAGAAACCUGGCUAAAAAGACCAUCAUCAUCAAGUGCCACAUGUGAGAGACCAUCCAAACAGGCAAAGAAAUCGUCGGCAGAAACAGCUGUUCCUGAACCAACACCAAAAGCACCUCCUUUACCAGCAGCUCCUUGGUUACUGACGAAACAGGAUGUUAAAUUAGCUGACAACAGAGCAAAGAGUGUAAAAUACCCUAAAGGCUUUGAUUAUACACCUGCUGACCAUUUUACCAGAGCAUGGACACUGCGUACAAUGCAUGGCAAACAACAGUUCGUAACCAAGAAUAUUGCAGCAUGGUGUAUCAGAGGCCUCCUAGCAAAGCCACAAGAAGAAACCUUGUUCAAUUUAUUUGAAGUGAUCAAAAGACUGACACAACCAUCCUACACAAUUGAGCAGCUUCAAGGACUUAUUGAAGACACAAGUACAGCAGUUGUGUUACUUGAAAGGGAUUUUCCUUUGACCUUGCAGAAUAUCACAACACACCUGCUACAUCAUAUCCCAGAGGGUUAUGAAGACUAUGGACCAUUGUAUGAUAGAUGGCUUUAUCCCUUGGAACGGGCAAACAGUUGGGUGACCAGACAAAUUUUACAACACGGACAUGAAGAAUCAACAGUGAUGCAGACAUACCGCAUAUACGAUUGGAGCUCCUACAACAUUUUGAGCGGUGAAAUUUUAAAUUGCAGCAGACAAACAAAUUUUCCUUCACAACCAUCAAGAUAAAGCUACCAUGUGGGUAAAAUUGGAGAUGUUUCCUAUUCCGGAACAAUCUGGACUAUUCUUGGUCACUGAUGACAAAAAGAUUGACACACAUAUAUUUAGCUUUGAUAAAAUAAGCAAUCCAGUUGUAUUUGCUUUAGAAGACAAUAAAAUAUGGUUUUUAAAUGUUUAGAUAUGCAUUUAUACAUGUAUGUAUUUUGUAUGAAGUAGAGAAAUAGUUCUUUUUAUAUACUUGGAAAGGUACAGAAAUUCCUUUGUUAUGUAUUUUCUGGCUGUAUAUAGAUAGAGUUGUUCAAAAGAAAAAAAUUAUUGGAUAAAAGGUUUUAUUCAAGUGUUAAGAGAUUCUUUAAAUGGAAGUCAAGUUUGCUAUUUUCUAUGAGAUAUUCAUUUCAAAGGGUGUAUUACGUUUCCAAAUUUUUAGCAAAAUUCCAGUUUCACGUUUCUGCAUUUUCUUGCAUUACUUUUCCAAAAUAAAUAGUUACCACCUUUACGCAUUUUUACCUGUAUUUCACCUGUAAAAAAUGGAAAUAAUGAUAUAUAAGACUUAAUUUAAUUAUAGUAUUUUU